CAAAGAGGCUACUUGGUGAUGUAGACCGCGUCCUUAGUACGUUUGUCUGUGCUCAUAAUUUACAUUGAUUCCCAACAGAAUCAUUUGUGAGUAUAGGUUUCCGUUAUUGUUUUAGUGUCCAAGGACAUGAGCCACCUAUAAAUGUUGAGGGAGGAGUAACAAUGAGAACAGUACGAGUUUUACUUAACACAGGAGUCACCGGGACAUCAUAUUACCUCUAACAAAAUGUUUGCCAAACUGUUGAUCUUGUUCGCCGUUCUGGCUGUGGCUCUUGCGAGGCCUCAGUUCUACUCCGGUUAUGGCAGCUACGCGUCCGGUUAUCCGGGCUACUACGGCUAUUCCGGUUAUUCCGGGUACUCCAACCCCCUGAGCUACGGGUCCUACGGCACUUACGGAGCUUCCCCGUACAAUUACGGCUACGGAUACUACUGAGUCUGAACCUUAUAUGCUAAUGCCCAAUGUUUACGCCUAGAUAUGUGAUCUACCUAAUGUUAAUUCCUUGCAAUAUAUACUUACUGUGAAUACAAUUGAGUUGUUUUUUUAUUUGUGGUU